GUCUCCCCAUCUCCCAAGGCCCGCAACCUUGGCGUGAUCUUUGAUUCCACCCUCUCCCUUGAGCCUCACAUCCACCAUGUCAUUAAAAUCUCCUUCUUUCAUCUCCGCAACAUCGCCAAACUCAGACCCUCUCUCACACCUCCCGCUGCUGAAAGACUCAUCCAUGCCUUCAUCUCCUCCCGACUGGACUAUUGCAACUCACUUCUCCUUGGCAUCAGCUCCACCUACAUCAACCGACUCCAACUGGUCCAGAACACAGCCGCCCAAUUCAUCACCCACACCAAAUCCUGGCAUCACAUCACUCCAGUCCUCAAACAACUUCACUGGCUUCCCAUCUCCCACCGGGUCACCUACAAAAUCCUGAUCCUCACCUACAAAGCCCUCCACCAUCUGGCCCCCCCAUAUCUCACUGACCUCCUCUCCCCCUACCAACCCUCACGGUCCCUCAGAUCCACAUCAGCCGGUCUCCUCUCCAUCCACAAGUCCAACCUCCGCAGUUUUGGGGACAGAACCUUCUCCAGGGCAGCUCCCAGGCUCGGGAACUCCCUCCCCCAACUGAUCCGCAAUUCCGUGUCCCUCACCAUCUUCCAGUCCCGCCUCAAGACCCAUCUCUUCACCUCUGCCUAUCCUUAGCCCCACGUCCCCCUCCCUUUUCAUCUGUGCAUUAAUUGCCUCAUA